AUGUCAUCCAUACGGGUUGUACUCGGUUUGGCUGCAAGCCUGAAUCUCGAGAUCAAACAACUAGAUGUGAAGACGGCUUUUCUUCACGGAGAUCUUGAAGAAGAAAUCUACAUGGAGCAGCCAGAAGGAUUCAAAGUUAAAGGAAAAGAAGAUUUGGUAUGUCGGCUGAAGAAGAGCUUAUGUGGACUCAACCAACCACCUCGACAAUGGUACAAGAAGUUUGAUUCCUUCAUGAUUGAACACAGAUAUCGGAGAACUACUUCAGACCAUUGUGUAUUUGUGAAAAGAUUUGAUGAUGGUGAAUUCAUCAUACUUCUUCUCUAUGUUGAUGACAUGUUGAUCGUAAGACAAAACAAUGACAAAAUUAGCAAGCUGAAGAAAGAGUUGAGCAAGUCUUUUGCUAUGAAAGACUUAGGACCCGCAAAACGAAUCAUCGAUAUGAGUAUAUCCCGUGAUAGAAAAAAUCGGAAGUUGAGGUUAUCACAAGAAAGUUAUAUCGAGAAGGUACGUACUAAAGCGGUUUAA